GCUUGGAUAGCCUAACAUCCGGUCCCGCCGGCCGUCGGAACGCCGCCAUGUACGCAGCCACGCUGCUCUUGACGCCCAUUAUUCCUGUAAAUCGCUCAAGAAUCCAACCGAUUACGUUUCCGAAACCAAGUAUUCUCAAGCCUCCGAGCUUGAUGCAGCCCGUAGCACCGAGGCUAGACUUCCGAGCAUGGGCGGACGAUGGGGACGCAGAUGAAGUAGGCCCUGACGACUAUGAAAUGGACGAAGACGACGUUGAGGAGGCCGACAAUAAGAAGGACUUCGAUGUCGAUUACGACUCCGCAGUGGGGCAAGGUGGAGGGGACGAUAUUGAGAUGGUGGAUAGUAAGAGUUUCGUGUACACUCAGGGUUGGGAUCCUGAGAAAACCGUUGAUUAUAGAAUAAAUGAAGAAGAGUUUCAUAAAAUUUGUCUUAUGGAUUGUGAUUUUUUCAUUCGGAAGCCGCCUGACCCAGAAAACGACGUGUAUGAUUUUCGCGAGAUGUACGUUACUCCCCCGGACACUGAUGUAUAUUCAAUUCCAAAGAUUCUUGCACCGAUGCCUCAAAAGUAUAUCCGCUGUGCGCAGACUGAUUAUGGGCGCUACAACGUCACUGAGCCACCAAUUGAUGCACCAAGAGACCCCCUGUAUAAAUCUGAGAAGGAAAUCCUGAAGAUAUUUUUGACAAAACACUACAGGAACCGUCGGUUGGGUGAUCCUGAAUUUGCUUUGGAUUUUGAGGAGAUCUAUGUUAUAGAUUCAAGAACAAAGUCAAUUACGAGGGCAAAAGUUGUGGUGACAGUUCCUGAAGGGAAAGAUCGAGAUAGAAAGGAAGAUUUGCUUGUUGUUCGUGACAACGGGGACUCCUUCAAAAUAAUCUCCUCAGGGGAGCAAGAUGACCCAACUACCGUAAUAGAGGAGGAGGAGUGGGGCAAAACUAGGGCAGAUCUAGAAAAACAUCUUAGCAAGCUCAGGGACUUCAACAUUUCAAACUGGUUUUAGGACUGCUGCAGAUUGUGCCGUCUCUUCCAUCUUCUGAAGACCAAUAAACAAAAAUGUAGGAUAUGGUUGCUCCAACAUGGCUGCCACAUUUGUAUGUUAUGAUGACAGCCUGGUAAAACUUCAUUGUAUCAUCAGGGCUGUUUAGGCCAAAGCAGAAAGUGCUGCAGGAUAGUCAGAUUACUCCUAGUAGUAGAGAUAUGGUGGAGAGAAUGGGUAAACUUUGGUGAUCUUUUAACUAGUUUAUACUAUAAUAUAUAAUCACCAAUGACGGCGAAUGUUCUAUGCAAUAUACUCUUUCAUCAA